GCCACGAGGAAGUGCGGUGGCGGUUUUGAAACGGGGAGGAGCCAAUCAGGAUCGCCCUCGGGUUUCCAUAGCAACCCCUCGAGAGGGAGACAAACCGAAAGCGCCGGGUUAAGAAAUAAAUAAUGGGCGGCACGAUCCUUACCCGGGAGUCGGCCCCAUUGAAACCAAUGGGGGCUACUGCCGAGUAAGCGAGCGCAGUGGGCUCCUGCCAUUGUCCCAGAAACAAAGCCGGUCCUGAGCCGCUGAAGGGCGCCGCCAACAAAAAGCCGUGGUGAAACCGGUCCCCUCCCCCUCAGACUACAACUCCCAUCGGCCCCUGCCGGCGCGGCCCUCGCGACGGGAUGACGGGAGUCGUAGUUCGCGAGGGGGGAGGAAAAGGGCGCUUCGCCAGGCCCGGUGAGGGGGCUACGAAAAGCCCCCACGCUGAGGAGAAAACCUGGCCCUCAUAAAAGCCCAGCCGCGGGGUGGGGGAGUCCCCAGUUCGAAGGAGACACGUUAACCUCCUCGGGAGGAGGAGACGACUCUCCCGCCCUUGUCUGAGCCCCCCGAGCAUGUGCAGAGUGCAUCUAAAGGGGAGCCAGGCGGUCGCGGGGGAGCCGCCGCUGCCGCCCUCCGUUUGGAGGGAGAGCAGCGCCUGGAACGCGGCCGACGCGGGGCGGGUCUGUCGGAGGCCGCGCGGCCUCCCACUGGGGCCUGCCUGGGCGGGCAAAGGGCGGGAGGCAGGCGGGCGCCGCGGCUUCGCCUUGGCCCUCUCCUCCCCUCAGAAGCGAGUCCGGGGCGGAGGAGGGAAGGUCUCCCGGGUCCUUCCGAGCCUGAGGCACCAGAAGGCGCCGCUCCCGAGCGCUCCAUCCCGAUUCUCCCCUCGGAGGUUUGGCAGCAUGUUCCAGCUGCCGCUCCCUUUGGAUCGGGACGGGACCCUCUUCCGCCUCCGUUUUACCACCCUGGCAGUCGGGACCGUGUGCUGCCCGCUCUUUGGCUUCCUCUUCUGCGUCAUCUGGUCCCUGUUCUUUCACUUUGAUGAAGCCACUGCCACCCACUGCGAUGUCCCCAACUACCUCCCCUCCAUCAGCUCUGCCAUUGGUGGGGAGACCCCCGAGCGCUACAUGUGGCGUUUCUGCAUCGGGCUGCACUCUGGGCCCCGCUUCCUCGUGGCCUUUGUCUACUGGAGCCACUACCGCGGCUGCCACUGCACACACCCCCGGUACCUCCGCCUGUGCAAUGCGGCCUUUGGCCUCAACCUGCUAGAGAACACGGCCCUCCUGCUGCUGACCUACGUCUCCUCCUCGGAGAACUACCUGAUCCACGAGAACGCCUUCAUCCUCUUCAUAGCUUCGGCCCUCAGCCACAUGUUCCUGACUUGCGUUUUGUGGCGAAUGACUAAGAAGCACGCAGAGCGCAAGUCCUACAAGUGGAAGUGGUGGCUGUUCCUCUUCAACCUGGUCACGUUCUCAGUAGCCGUGUACUUCUACUUCCGCCACAACUGGUACUGCGAGCCCGGAGUUUACACCAUCUUUGCCUUCUUGGAGUACCUGGUGGUUUUUUCUAACAUGGCCUUCCACAUGACUGCGUGGUGGGACUUUGGCAACAAGGAGCUGGUGGUCAGUUCCCAGCCAGAAGACAAACGCUUCUAGCAAAAGCCUGCCUUUGAGCUGAGGAUUUCUUGCGGGGAGGAGGAGCAGCCUGCUUGCCAGCGUCAGAUCCUUCCGGCAGGCCCCAGGACAUUUCAGAAGGGGCACCUGCGACUGGACUGAAAAGAACCAGUGGGCCUCGUAGGAAUUGGGACCCUGCCAUCAUGUGUCCGACAACAGAGCAGAAGGUGUGGCUGGUUGACGGGCCUUUUGAUCAAUGGGACAUCUUUGUAAAAGUAAAAACGAAACUCAGAAUGUGCUCUGCUGCCAACCCAGGACAGGGACAGAACUGGACUAGCCCACUGAGGUUGUGUGUUGUGAUGGUGACAAGUCCAGCGGCUCUUGAAGUCAGAGACUCCUUGCCCGGAUCUGGGACUUGCCUGAAGGAGGCGACUCCUUUUCCCACCUGGCCCUUUGCAGGAACGCAGAGUGGUUGUAGCCGGUCCUUUUUCCCAGUGGGGUAGAGGGGAAUUUCUCUCUUUGCCUUUGUAAACGGCAGCCUGGCCUCCUUCCGUCUCAUUCCUUCUCCCGCGUGGGGCUUUCCUGCUGCCCAGUGAGGUCCAGCUCUAUGAUAGAUGCCUGUCACUGAGCUGGGCCAAAGUGCCAAACCCUGGGAGCGCUUGGACUUUAGAAAUAAAAUGGGGCUGGAGGUGAGGCAGUCUCUCUUCCCCAUUUCCCCAGCUUCUGCACUGAAGUUCCCUAAAGCGAGUUAUGCAUAUUCUGCACAUUGGAACAAGUUCUGCGUGGUGUCAGCACACCCUUGCAGCCCCCGGGAGCUAAUCAUCUCUGCCUGUCUGCUGCUGGAGCUUCUCUGUCCUUGAGAAUUCACAGACCCUUCCCCCAAAUUCCUAGAAACCUCAGGUAGGCAGGAGUUGGGGGACAGCAUAGGUGGGAUUCAUUUGCUCUUGACUGUGAUGUUCUGAAGGUACAGGAAAGGAGCUACAUUGGUGAAAGAACCACCUGAGAGUUGGGCUCAGCUGGGAAGGAUCGGGCUGGGAAACGUAAAGCAGAAAUAGGUACCUUGAGCUGGGAGGGUGCAGGAGCACUUGGAGGACCAAGCAGAGGUCCUCAACUUAACCCUUGCACACCUUGGGUCCUGGGCAUCAGCUCUUGAUCCAGGCAGAGGGACACAGAUGCUUCUCCAAGCAUAGAGAUGCAGAGAGGCUCACUUCUCUGCCCUGCUCAGAGCCCACCAGGCCUCACUCCUAGCAAGAGAGAUCAGGAAGAAGUGGCAGGAUCAGGUCACCUCAGUGAGGUCCCAGAAGCCUCAAGGGAGGAAUCCUAAGGAAAGGGUAGUUUGAGGCUGAUCCAGUGGUCCAGCCUGGGUCAAGCAGGGGGGUAGGCUGGAGCAGAGACCAGCAGCCCAGGGGCUUGGGGUCGAUAGGGAAGAAGGGGAAUGGCUGAGGGAAAAGCUCCUAGGAAGUAAGGGCUCAGAGCAACCAGUAAAGACUGAAUGCAGGUAACUUGGUUCCCCAGGUAGGAAGUCUCGGGUCAGCUGGUGGAGUCAGGCUGGCCAAGAAGCUCUCCGGAAAGGAGGCUUGUGAUGCAGCUACUAGCCCAGGGUUGCUGUUCCAAGGCAGGGACAUUCUGGCAUCAGGCCGGGUUUUCUCUUGUGCUGCUUGUCCUCCCACAUCCCUGGUGUGUGGGCCUCUUUGCUGUCCCUGUGGCAAGGUGUGUGUGUGUGUGUGUGUGUGUGUGUGUGUGUGUGUGUGUAAAAAAUUGUACUGCCAGGUGUCUAUUUUCAUUGGCUCCCUCCCCCUCCCAAGAUGAAAUAAAGCACUGAGUAUUUUUUCCCCA